UCUCUCUCUCUCUCUGUGGAUGGUGUCGAUGUCGAAGUCGAGCAUGGCGGCGAGCAACCGCGAAGGAGGCGGAGGGUUGGGAGGAGACGAAUUCUACGAGGACAUAGAGGCGCCCAAGUUCGUGGACUUCACCGCGCCCGAUCGCUGCUGUCCCGACACCGACCGUUACUGGUUUUGCUUGCGCGUCGGGUGUGAUCAGAAGCAUGAAGAAGAAAUGGACUCUGAAGCAAUUUACAAGAAUUUCGUCCUCAGGGUAAUGGCAGCCAGAAGCCCCAACAUAAGACUCCGCAAAGCUUUAACUAGAAAGCCGAUUAACACCACAGCGAAAUGUCCGCUGUCAGCUCCUGCGAAACCAUCCAGAUCGAGAUUGCCAAGGUUGGCUAUUUUAUCUUCAAUUUCUGGAAAGAUAGUUAAUUGCAGUAAAGAGAGGGUCAAAUUAAUUCGUCCAGUGGCUCUGACCCCUAACACUAAGGCAAAGCAGCCAUCCAAUGUGGCCAAGGCUUUAACAACCCCUAGAAACAACAAGAGAGUCUCGAAUCCGGAACUAUUUCGGAGUGUUAGGAACCCAAAGGUUAGGACUAAUGCCACGCAGAACAAGAGACCGGUAGCAAAAGCUUUGGCAUUUCCUUCACCCAAAAAGGCCACGAAGAUUAAAAUCUCAUCAGAGUUGGAUACUACUGCGGAAAAGAUUUGUGCCGGGAUGAAGAAGCUGGACAUCGCAGGCCAAAAGAGGAAUAUAUUGGGGUAUGACACGCCAGCACCUCUUGCUGGCUCCAAGAAAAAAGUGCGUGCCAGGGAGGUCAAGAGUCGGGUUUUUGAUUCGUUGCGGACUCAAAAGUGCAAGGGUGCAGAUAAAGCUUCUAGAUGUCUGAAGAAAAAGGACACGGCUGAAGAUUUGAAAAACUGUUCUGAUUCAGCCACAAUUGAAUGUACUUCAGGUGACUCGAGCGACAUGGAUGUCGACGACAAGUCCAAACGUGGAUCUUUGGAAGCAUGUCUUGCACAAGAAACCUCUCAGAAUACUGCACUAAAUGUACAUGAAGAAUUUUUGAUGAAUGUAAGCACGUUGGAGAAAAAAUCAGGAGAAAGUCUAACUGAAGGUUCAUCAAGUAUAGUGGGAUUUGAAAAGGCUGAUGAAGGGCUGGGUUUAGGAGCUGACGUAGUUCCUACCGUCCAGGCAGUUCUAGACGAGGAGACGACUGAAUCAACUUCUCAGGUAGAGGAUGCGUCAAGCUUAGAGGAGGAGAAAAUCCAAGAAAACACUGGCAAAACCAGUGACCAGAAUGAUGACGAAAUUGGAGAUCAUGUCAAGGAUAAUGAUGACAAAGAAAAUUCCAUGGCCCCCGAUCAUAACAUAGAACAGAAUGGUGACUCCAACAGGAAAAUCCUGGGGAAGCUUGAUAAUCACAAAAAAUAUGAGAAGGUCACUCAAACAUUGAUGAAGAUAAAGCAGAGCUCUAUUGCAGACAAAAGAAGUGCCCAGGGUGCGAAGUAUGUAAAACCAAGACCCACCAAUCCCAAGCCUUUCAGGCUAAGAACAGAUGAGCGGGGAGUUCUCAAGGAAGCGAACCAUGAGAAAAAGCUUUCUACGCCAUUGAAAGAGAAUGCAACUGCGGCAGGGUUUCCAUCCAAGAAAAGUCAGAGUAUACGGAAAAAGAUCAAAGCUCCUGAAUCGAGCACUUUCCACAGUGAAGUCGGACAGAAAAUGGCUGCAUCUACUCCUGAUAGAUACACUAUUUCAAAACAGCAAAAGAACCUUGCCCCUACAGUGUUGUGGUCCAGGGAAAGCGUCAAAAAGUCCAGAAUACUCUCAGUUAGACGAUUUGAAGGGCCUGGAAGUGCGCCAUCAAGGAGAAAGGAAGUAACAGGUCAACUGAGAUACGAGAACGUGGUGCUUCCUCAGCAACCAAACCUACUCCUUCCGGCACUUCGAGGUCAUCGUCACGAGGCAGAAGGCUCCCAACCAUUCCAAAAGAACCAAACUUCCAUGAUAUCCAUGUUCCGAAAAGCUGCAUCAAGAAACUGACAUGAGAGUGUAUGUCUGUUCAAAUUCUUUGGUUAGCUGAGUGUGAUAGUACUGCUGUUCAAUUGUUUCGUUGAUCUGCGCUUUUAGAUAAAUUUGGAGGCUCCUUUUGGGAAUUGUUUGUAACAUGUAACAUAAUAUUCAAAUGAUAAUUUUUUCUUAAAUUUA